UGUUCAGUAGCGCUCAGCUGCUGGCGAGGUGAGCACCGUCCCGGCGCUCCUCCUCCUCCUCCUCCUCCGCCUCCCCGCCGCCCGCGGAAGACGCACGCUCGAGACCAACCGUGCACAGAACCGAUAAGCGUGCCUCGCGCACAGAGCCCACUACUGCUCUGUUUCGGGUUUUUUUUCUCUUCUUCUCCUGUUGGAUGCCGGAGCUGCGCUCGGCUGCGGCGCUCCUCCACCUGCACCGCGUCAGACCCGCGGCUCGCGCUGCUCCACAUUCCCACGGAUCGGACCUCACUUGCAGGUGCGGCAGGAUGCGGGACGAACGGCCUGUGAGCGGACUGCAGACCCUGCUGGCCCUCCUUCUGCUUCAGACCGCAGGCGAAGCCCGCGCCGACGCCCUGGUGAACAUGCGCAAGGUGACCCAUCAGACCAUCAGCGAGGAGCUGUCCCAGACCGCUCUCCUCCCCUGCCUCUUCACCCUCCGCCCCGGGCCCGGUGCGUCCCACGAGCCCCCCAGGAUCAAGUGGACCAAGGUGUGGGGCCAGAGGGGCUCCGACGGCCUGCAGAAGGAACAGUCGGUGCUGGUGGCCAAAGACAACGUGGUCAAGGUGAAGAAGGCCUUCCAGGGCCGCGUGACGCUGCCCGGAUACAACAACAACCGCUACAACGCCAGCCUCGCCCUGUCGGGGCUGCGCUCCAGCGACGCCGGGCUGUACCGCUGCGAGGUCGUGGUGGGCAUCAGCGACGAGCAGGACACCGUCCCCCUGGAGGUCACAGGUGUGCUGUUCCACUACCGGGCCCCCCACGACCGCUACGCCCUGUCCUUCGCCGACGCCAAGAGGGUGUGCCUGGAGAACUCGGCCGUCAUAGCCACCCCGGGUCAGCUGCAGGCCACCUUCGCUGAUGGAUACGACAACUGUGACGCCGGCUGGCUGUCCGACCGGACCGUGCGGUAUCCCAUCCAGUCGCCUCGGCCCGGUUGCUAUGGCGAUCGGGAGGACUCACCUGGAGUCCGUAACUACGGCGACAGGUCCCCCGAUGAGCUGUUUGAUGUCUACUGCUUUGCCAAGCAGCUUCAAGGUGAAGUCUUCCACUCCUCAGUGCCGCAGAAGCUGAGCCUGGCCACGGCCUCCACCCAUUGCCACUCCCUGGGCGCCCAGCUGGCCACCGUGGGGCAGCUGUACCUGGCCUGGCAGGCCGGCCUGGACCAGUGCGACCCCGGCUGGCUCGCCGACGGCAGCUGCCGCUACCCCAUCAACGUCCCCCGGAAGAACUGCGGCGGGGACGAGCCCGGGGUGCGGACCGUGUACAACAACCCCAACCGCACCGGCUUCCCCGACACCGCGGCCCUGUACGACGCCUUCUGCUACCGAGCCCAGCAGCCGGCGGGGGUCCGGGCUGCGGAGCCUCAGGUGUUGAACCCAGCAGCAGAGCCCGCCUCCUCCGCCCCCGACGCCGGGCACCGGGACCCUUUCGCCGAGACCUCCGACUGGACCGGCCCGGUGGACUUGGACAGCGCGGGAGUCCGAUCCAUCGGCGGGAUCGACAACUCCUCCGAGAUCUCCGGAGAGCACGUCGUCAUUCACCUCAACCCGGAGGAGGGCUGGGGGGGGGCAGCACGCGAGGAGUUGAAUGACACAAAGGGCGGCAACACCACGGGCCUGGAGAGACAUGGAGGUUCAGCCCACCCACAGGAAGAAGAAGAAGAAGAAGAAGACGGCGGCGGGGGAGGCGGGUUUUUUGGAUCGUCCCCCACGUUAUCACCCGUCCCGUCUUCCACCCCCCAGUCCCACGAUACCAACAGCGUGUUGGCUGAGUUUGUCAACGCUCUGAUGAAGCCCUUCAGGUACUGGAGAGGAGGCGAGGAGGCGGAGGACAUGGACCAGGGGCCGGCGGUGGCGGAGGAAGAAUCGGCAGAGAACCAGACGCAGGGCGAAGCCUCAGGUUCACCCAAAGCGAGCGUGGACAAGGGCGGCGUGGACAACGCCAUCACGGAGCGCGGCGGCGGGGGUCUCUCCCACGGGACGCCUGCCGGCGGGCCGCGGCGUCCGGACGGCCUGUCCGAGCAGGAGAAAGAGCUGAUGCCGCUGAUUCGAUUGGUGCCCGCGGUCCAAAGCACUCAGACGGGAGAGAGGGCCUCCGACUCGCCCGCCGACCACCCUCCACCCGACGGGUUCAAUGCAUCUGGUCCCAACGAGACGUCUCACCCCGGCGAUCAUGUCAACGCAUCCGCCCCCCGGGGCCCGGCUUCGGCCCCCGCCCCCGGAAGCCACUUUCGCUGGGCCAUCAAAUCCAUGCGUGCCUCCGGACUAGGCCCCCCCGGGAAUGUGCCCUACGCGGGCAUGCGGCCCACCUGGGGUCCCAUGGAGGCCAAAGUGGGGCCCCUCGAGGUGAUGACCCUGCCCCCGUCCCUUCGACAGGACAACUCGGACAACUACUCAGGCCAGGGGAAGGACCAGGAGGGAGAGGACGCCGACUCCCCAUCGGCAGCCAGCACUGCAUUGUGGGAGGAGAAGGAGAUGCAGGUGAAUGAGAUGGAGGAGCGGGAGAAAGAGGAGAAGAAGAUUGAGGGGAAAGGGAUGGAGGAGCAGGAGAAAGAGGAGAAGAAGAUGGGGGGGGAAGAGAUGGAGGAGAUGGAAGGGAAGAUGAUGGAGGAGAAGGAGGGGAAGGAUUUGGAGGGAAAGGAGAUGGAGGGGAAGGAGAUGAAGGAGAUAGAGGGGCAGGAUAUGGAGGGGAGCGAGAUGGAGGAGAAGGAGAUGGAAGGAAAGAAGAUGGAGGGGGAGGGGAAGGGGAUGGAGGAGAUGGAGAUGGAGGGGAAGGAGAUGGAGGGGAGGGAGAUGGAGGGGAGGGAGAUGGAAGGAAAGGAGAUCAAGGAGACGGAGGAGAUGGAGGGGAAGGAGAUGGAGGGGAAGGGGAUGGAGGAGAAGGAGACGGAGGGGAAGGAGACGAAGGGGAAGGGGAUGGAGGAGAAGGAGAUGAAGGGGAAGGAGACAGAGGAGAUGGAGGGGAAGGGGAUGGAGGAGAAGGAGAUGGAGGGGAAGGAGACGAAGGGGAAGGGGAUGGAGGAGAAGGAGAUGAAGGGGAAGGAGACAGAGGAGAUGGAGGAGAAGGAGAUGGAGGGGAAGGAGACGGAGGAGAUGGAAGGAAAGGAGAUGGAGGGGAAGGAGAUGGAGGAGAAGGGGAUGGAGGAGAAGGAGAUGGAGGGGAAGGAGACGGAGGAGAUGGAGGAGAAGGAGAUGGAGGGGAAGGAGACGGAGGAGAUGGAGGGGAAGGGGAUGGAGGCGAAGGAGAUGGAGGGGAAGGAGACGGAGGAGAUGGAGGGGAAGGGGAUGGAGGAGAAGGAGAUGGAGGGGAAGGGUAUGGAGGAGAUGGAGGGGAAGGAGACGGAGGAGAUGGAGGCGAAGGAGAUGGAGGAGAUGGAGAUGGAGGGGAAGGGUAUGGAGGAGAUGGAGGGGAAGGAGACGGAGGAGAUGGAGACGAAGGAGAUGGAGGGGAAGGAGACGGAGGAGAUGGAGGGGAAGGAGAUGGAGGAGAUGGAGGGGAGCAGCGACGGGAGCAGCUUCCCCGGCGGGUUCGGAUUGAAAGCCAAAAGCAGCCCUGAAGCGACGCCCUCGCUCGGCCCCACUGAGCUGGUGACGGUGGCGGAGCACACCUCUCCGUCCCAGUGGCAGGUGGUGCAGCAGCCCACCACCCCACCCGGGGGCUCCUUGGAGCCGGACCGGACAGAAGGGGCCAGGGGAGAGAUCCUCUACACCCGCGACCCCAACCACGACCCCACCCACGACCCCACCUCGCUGCCCUCGCCAAGAGAAGGAAGUACUUCAGAGUCGGCGCUCACCGGGACGCACGGCGAAAGCACCAGCCGAGCGGAGGCGGCCACCUCCACCCCCGGAGCCCUGGCCGAGGCGCUGACCACCCCCGGAGCCCUGGCCGAGGCGCUGACCACCCCCGGAGCCCUGGCCGAGGCGCUGACCACCCCCGGAGCCCUCGCCGAGGCGCUUACCACCCUCGGAGCGGCCGAGCUUCAGACGACCGGAGACGCGCUGAGGACGGACCCCGUCACCGCGACGACCCCACAGGAGAACCCCUCGGAGAGUGCCGCCUCCGAGGAGGCGUCCAUCUCCAUCUCGUGGGUCCAGGAGGAGGGGGAGAAAACGACAGCCGACCCCUCGGCUGCUCCGGCUCUCGGCGGCGGGCCUCAAACCAGCUCGGGCGCCGUUUGGUUGACCACCGUUGCGUCGGGUUUCAACGCAGCCGCCACGGAGAUGGAAUCCAGGUCGGCGGUGUCCGAGUCCUUCGUGGUGGGGAGCCGGUGGACGCCUUUUAAAAGCGCCAGCCCGCAGCCGGAGGACCACCAGGACGCCAGCGACCCUCUCGGGACCGUCGGGCCCAACUGGGCCUUUGGGUUCAUCCCAUCAGUGGAGGACAACCCGUGCCAGACCAACCCGUGUCUCCACGGGGGCAGCUGCCUGCAGGAGGGGGACGGCUAUAGCUGCUACUGUCCUCAGGGCUUCUCCGGAGAGAGCUGCGAGAUCGACAUUGACGACUGCCAGUCUAAUCCAUGCCAGAACGGAGGAACCUGCAUCGACGAGAUCAGCUCCUUUGUGUGCCUUUGUCUCCCCAGCUACGGGGGGGCCACCUGUGAGAAAGACACGGAGGGCUGCGAGCACACGUGGAGGAAGUUCCACGGCCACUGCUACAGGUACUUCAGCCGGAGGCACACCUGGGAGGACGCCGAGAAGGACUGCAGGGAGCACAGCGGCCACCUGGCCAGCGUCCACAGCGCGGCAGAGCAGGGCUUCAUCAGAGGUCUCAGCCAUGACAACACCUGGAUCGGGUUAAACGACCGUACGGUGGAGGACGACUUCCAGUGGACGGACAAGAUGGACCUGCAAUAUGAGAACUGGCGGGAAAACCAGCCGGACAACUUCUUCGCCGGGGGGGAGGACUGCGUGGUGAUGAUCGCUCACGAGAACGGCAAAUGGAACGACGUGCCGUGCAACUACAACCUGCCCUACGUCUGCAAGAAGGGAACAGUGCUUUGCGGCGCCCCGCCCACCGUGGAUAACGCCUUCCUGAUUGGUCGCAAGCGCACCCACUACGACAUCCACUCCGUGGCUCGCUACCAGUGCGCCGACGGCUUCCUGCAGCGCCACGUGCCCACCGCCAAGUGCCGCGCCAACGGCAAGUGGGACCGGCCUAAAAUCAUCUGCGUGAAAUCCCGACGGGCCCACCGCUACCGGCGCCACCACCACAAGGGCCGGAGGGAGCGCAGGAAGCACAAGAGGCACGGCCACAGAGAGGGGGGGCGCCACGGAGGGGAGCUGGGCCACAGCCACGCCCACGUCUGAACCAAAAAAAGAAAGAAAGUGAUGAUGAACGCCCCCUUUUUCCCCUUCUUUUCCUCUGCUGCCAACUUGCCUGCCCC